CUGAUUGAUACUGACUUCUUCGCUGCUGGAAGCUUGUUUACAUGGACGAUUGUUAGGCUAACAUAACAUAAGGUUACAUCAUAUGUGACCCAGCUUUCUCGGACUAUGACACAGAAUUGCCAAGAAAGUAGCGUUAACUUGGCGCUGGAUUUUGACCAUUUCACCUCACCAUCACAAGGUGUUGUCCUUCAGAGGCGUCAAUUCCACCAUGCUCUAGGGUCUGGUAUGAGGAAGAAUGGCAUAAGGAGAGGCGAAGCUGAAGAGGCACAAAAUACUGAGUCAGAUGAGGUACUGCUUAUUAAUAUAGAUGGUUCAGUUGUUAGCCACGACAGUGCUAACUCAGAAGAACUGACAUGCUGCACGGAUAUGCAGUAUGUUGUCAAACUUCCCCGAAAGCAUCGCAUGAGAGACCAGUUUGGAGACAUUGUCCCAAAUAAACGCAAAACAAGGUUGCCAACGUCCAUGGCAAGAUUACCUUCCUUUAAGUGGAAUGUCAUGGAAGGGUUUAGCAGAGUUACCCUCAACAUCAGAAGUCUUAAAUUUGGAACACUGAACCUGAAUUUCAGAGGACCCAUCACUAUUUCAGUGGAUUACAUCGAAGUUCCAGACAAAGUUCGAAUUGCAGCAUCCGAGCUCAUCAGGUGUGAGUGGUGUACGGCACAUAGACUACCGGCUUUGUUUCUGCAGACUACUGCUGCAGAAUGCCAUCGUCUGAAAGACAGCCUUAGUAUGUCCACAGAUGCAAGAAGUUGGAGCAACUGCCAGAGUCAAAAAGAAAAAUACAUUAUCAUCGUCUUUGAGAGUGAGCCAACAAUGUUGGAAAAGACCACAUUAGAAGAGAUAUUUGCUGAGAUAGGCCGACUUAAUUACAUGAGCAACUUUCCAGCCAUGCUGACAUUUGAGGAAGCAAAUGACAGACUAACAGCUUAUGAACAGUCACACAAAAAUGAGGCUGUACUGCUGGAGGAUGAGGUGGAUGAGCUUCCUCCAAGUCCUUUUACUCCCAAGAGUGAAAUGGCAACGCUUGAUGUGUUGGACAGUGAAGAUGAUAAUGCUGACAAUGAUGUGAUGGUGUGCCCCUCAUUGUGGACUCAACCUGUCAAAAAACUGGUUGUAUAUCCACCACCUCCAGCCAAAGGAGGAUUUUCCAUUACUGACGAAGAUCUAUGUUGCCUCGAUGAGGGAGAAUUCCUGAAUGAUGUGAUUGUGGACUUCUAUUUGAAGUAAGUGGCAACUCUUUUGCACAUUUAUAAUGCUGGAUUUCAGUGCUCAUCAGAGGAUCUAUAUUCAUGAUGGUUAACUGGUAAAUACAUUUUUUUUUGUUGUUGUUUUAGCAUUUUUCAAUUGUGCAAAGUGUGAAAGGUUGCAUUAUGUCACGUCUUGUAAACUUGUGCAUCAUGUAAAAUCCAGAGUUUACCAGUUUGUCGGCUGUUCGAGCACAA